AUGGCAGGACAACGGCAUCACGCCAUCAUUCGUCUCGUCUGGGAAUCGACCGAGCCCCUCGACUACCGCUGGACCAGCACACCCCCUACACAGCGGUGUCUAGGCAGCGGAGUCUACACAGCGGGAGGGGAGAUAGCACGCCGUCUGUGCGGGGUUCCAGAUAGUGACGACGUCGAUGCCAAGAGCGCUAUGAAGUUGGACGUCUCGAUGGACGUCUCGAUGGACGUCUCGAUACUCGGCAAUCUGGACAUAUGA